AUGAUGAUAAUUUAUUAAAUUGAGUUUGAUUUAGUUCUAAAAAGAUAAAGAAGAAGAAUUGUAAUUAUUAUCUUAUAACAUUUACUUGUAAAUAAUAAAUAAUAAUUCAUUUCAUAAUAUUUAUAAACCAUCUAAAUGAUCCAAUAAAUAUAAGAUAUCUAAACUGAAUUACUUUUAAUAAGACAUAAAAUAAAUCUAAUAUUCAAUUGAUCAUUUUAAAUUUGCUAUUGAAAUUACAUAGUAAAUAAAUUAACUUUUAAUUUAGGUCUUAUAUUAAAAUCCAUAAUUUUCAUUUUAUUACUUGUUUUAAUCUCUAUAUAUAAGAAGAUCUUUUAAAGCUAUAUAAAUGGGAUAGUAAAUUAUGGAAAUGAAUUGAUAUUUGAGAAAUUGAGAUAUUA